GAGAGCAGAGGAUGGCUUGGUGGUCGCGGUUGCACUAGCGGCAGCAGGUGUAACCGUGGUGGUGGGAAUGGAGGGAAUUUCCUGUUGGGCAUCGCCCAUUUGGGAGUCCAUGGUUUGGGAGGCAGAGGCAGCUCGACCGAGAUGUUGUUCGAUCAAAAAUUGCAUAUCUAUAUGACCAAAGCGGUGGCCACAACGGCAAAGGAAAAUGGGCAUGGCGGGAUUAGUUUUGGUAUGGCCAUUUUUGUUGAUGUGGCCAAGAUCCAGGCAUUUCGGGCAUUUGAGGGCAGUGUGGCGCAAGGCCUCAAAAUCGGAGUUCAGUUUUUUCAGGGCAGUGGGCGAAAAAUUUUUAAGAGGUUUUGCCCCCCCAGCUAGUUCUUGGGUUUUUUCUAUUUUUUUGGUGGUUUUAAUCGCACCCAUUGGAAGUUCGCGUUCGGCGGAUGCAGUAACGGUUUCAGGAAGUGUGGUUCGGGUACGUUUCUGUAUCGGUAGGCGGGAGAUGCGUAGCGGGAGCAGAGAUGAGCGGCGCCGUUUGCUUAAAGAAUAUUGUUUCAGCUGGCGGCCAGAUGUCGGAAUCGCGGGGCAAAAGUUCACUAUUUCGCUUGGCGGUUCUAAUGGAUCUUGCUUAGCAGGUGCUGGGCAAUGCGUGGAAGGUAAAUUUGGGGAAGGUUGUGUUGCUGUAUCUUCCUCUCUAGUUGUCAAGAUGAAAGUUUUAUUAAAGCGAGGCGAAGCCGAGCACAGACUUCUGGAGUGAAGCAACGUUGCUCUCGCCAGAUCGAGGGGGGAGAUAGGUCAUGAAAAAACCUACUGUACUAGACAGCAGGAAAAAACGAAAAAGGAAACAAAUGCAUGAAAAAGGUGGGGGCAAAAGCCAGUUCACGAGGGAACAACCAGGAGCGGGAUCACGGUAAGCAAUGAAAUCAGGAUCGGGAUGACAAGCCUGAUCUACCUCAAGGAGGAUUUGACAAACAAUCGGCCAGGUACAGCGCCAGUAAGCAAUGCG